GGCGAAGGUCGUGCAGAAUCUUCAUCCAGCCACGAAGUGAUUCAUUCUUGGGAACACGCAGUGCGCAGGACCCACCCCACCCCCGGCCACCGCUCAGCGAACCGGAAGACCUUCCCCCUCCUCCACGCAAGCUUCACCCCGGCGGAUUUCCAGCCAGGACUGGCCCGCACGGACGGCCGGCACGCGUGUCCCCGCGCACGCACACAGCCUGCGCACGUCAGCCCUCACGCCGCCUCGUCCCCGUGCCCGGGCGCACGGAGCUCUCACGCGUGCCCGCACACCCGGUGGGCACACGUAUCCGCGGCGGGCACUGAGAGCACACGAAGCAGAAGAUGGCUGUGCCUCCCACGUAUGCUGAUCUUGGCAAAUCUGCCAGGGAUGUCUUCACCAAGGGUUAUGGAAUUUACGAGCUCAGGUUCAGCCAACACUGAGACCACCAAAGUGACCGGCAGUCUGGAAACCAAGUACAGAUGGACCGAAUAUGGUCUGACGUUUACAGAGAAAUGGAACACUGACAACACACUAGGCACAGAGAUCACUGUGGAAGAUCAGCUUGCACGUGGACUGAAGCUGACCUUUGAUUCAUCCUUCUCACCAAACACAGGGAAAAAAAAUGCUAAAAUCAAGACAGGGUAUAAGCGGGAGCACAUCAACCUGGGCUGUGACGUGGAUUUCGACAUUGCCGGUCCUUCAGUCCGGGGUGCUGUGGUGCUGGGAUAUGAAGGCUGGCUGGCUGGCUACCAGAUGAAUUUUGAGACUGCAAAGUCUCGAGUGACCCAGAGCAACUUUGCGGUUGGCUACAAGACUGACGAAUUCCAGCUCCACACUAACGUAAACGAUGGGACAGAAUUUGGUGGCUCCAUUUAUCAGAAGGUGAACAAGAAGUUAGAGACCGCUGUCAAUCUGGCCUGGACAGCAGGAAAUAGUAACACUCGCUUUGGAAUAGCGGCCAAGUAUCAGAUCGACCCUGACGCCUGCUUCUCGGCUAAAGUGAACAACUCCAGCCUGAUAGGUUUAGGAUACACUCAGACCCUAAAGCCAGGUAUCAAACUGACCCUAUCCGCUCUGCUGGAUGGCAAGAAUGUCAAUGCUGGCGGCCACAAGCUUGGUCUAGGACUGGAAUUUCAGGCAUAAAUGAAUACUGUACAGUCAUUUAAUUUUAAACUAUUUUGAGCCUAGCUACCUUCAGAAUUUAGUGUACCUUUUAAUGUUGUAUGUCUGGGAUGCAAGUAUUGCUAAGUAUCAUGUUAGACCUCCAGGUUAAAGAUGAUUCAGCUUUAAGGUGUUACCCUUUCAGAGGUACAGAAGAAACCCAAGUCCAUGAAAAGUUCUUUCAGCUGUAGACUUGGGGGGAGCUUGGUGGCCCCUCCAGAGAGUUCAGGUUUCUUUUUUAUCUAGAAAUGGCUGCAAAUGGAAGCUGAUAAUUUAUAGGCACUUUGUUAAUUGGUAUGGAGUACAUGAAUGAAAUUAUGACUUCCUGAGAAUUGAACUGGGUUUCCUACCCGAAGGAAGGAGAGACUCACUGAUGGUGUGUAUAAACCCAUCUGAAAGAGACUUUUUUAGACAGAUUUUCCUGACCUGUUUCCACCCCAGUCCAUCACCUCUUUUACAACAAAAGUAGUCUGCAGGCUGUGGUAGCUGUUUCUUUUGUCCCAUUUUGGGGUAGAGAAGAUGGAUGUGAUGAAGCCACUAAUUCAGGACUUAAUUCCCUCUCAUGUUGUGGUUUUCUGCCCCUGCACCAGAGUAUGAAAUAGCUUCUAAAAGUCCCAGCUCUGAGCUGGGAAGAGUCUCUGUGACUGUAAUCACAUUGUGACAACACUCGGAAUCUAAAUUGGACUUGUUCUAUUCUUGCCACUUGGUUUAUUUUUUAGCCGUUUAAUGGGUACAUUUUAGAGUCUUCCAUUUUGUGUGGAAUUAGAUCCUCCCCUUCAAAUGCUGUAAUUAACAUCACUUAAAGUAAAACUUGAAUAAAAUAUUGAAACCUCA